GUGGUGUGAACGCGUCACUCAUGAAGAGCCUCCCAUCGUGCACCGGACAGCAUCCGCUGCGGCGUCUCAAACGAUCAAAUCGUCCUCUUCCUCUUCUUCAUCUUCAUCACAAUCAUUGGGUCAUAAUUUAUUCCCAUUUGCAUGAUUCAUAAAACAUCGAUACGCGCGUGACCCGCGUUUUCUAUCAGCGGCGGCGAGGAGCUCGUGCACGAUCCGCUUCUUCAUUCUCGGGACCGCGGACACCCCCCCCCCCCACUCUUCCCCCGGGCCCCCCCACAUCGGCCCGAUGACGGAGAGCAGCAGACACCGGAGCCGCGCGCCUCGAACAGAGGAUGCUCAGGAAAAAGAUUAUGUUGGCUUCGCUACGCUGCCCAACCAGGUGCACAGGAAGUCCGUGAAGAAAGGAUUCGACUUCACCCUCAUGGUGGCGGGUGAGUCUGGUUUGGGUAAAUCCACUCUGGUGAACAGCUUGUUCCUCACGGACCUCCACAAAGACAGAAAACUGCUUAAUGCAGAAGAGCGGGUCGCUCAGACGGUGGAGAUCAGCCGGCACACGGUGGACAUCGAGGAGAAGGGCGUGAAGCUGCGGCUGACCAUCGUGGACACGCCGGGCUUCGGAGACGCCGUCAACAACAGCGAGUGCUGGAGGCCGGUCAGCGAGUACAUCGAGCAGCAGUUUGAGUUCUACUUCAGAGACGAGAGCGGCUUGAACAGGAAGAACAUCCAGGACCACCGAGUGCACUGCUGCCUCUACUUCAUCCCCCCCUUCGGACACGGGCUCCGCCCCGUCGACGUGGAGUUCAUGAAGGCGCUGCAGGAGAAGGUGAACGUGGUGCCUCUGAUCGCUAAAGCCGACUGCCUGACCCCCCCCGAGGUGAAGAGGCUCAAGGAGAAGCUCAGGGAGGAAAUAGACGAAUACGGGAUAAAGGUCUAUCAGUUCCCGGACUGCGACUCAGACGAGGACGACGAGUUCAAGCGUCAAGACAGAGAGCUGAAGGCGAGCUGUCCCUUCGCUGUGAUCGGCAGCAACACGGUGGUGGAGGCCCGGGGUCAGAGGGUCAGAGGGCGGCUCUACCCGUGGGGCAUCGUGGAGGUGGAGAACCCGUCCCACUGCGACUUUGUGAAGCUGAGGACCAUGCUGAUCAGAACCCACAUGCACGACCUGAAGGACGUGACCAGCGAGGGUCACUACGAGAGCUACAGAGCGCAGUGCAUCCACGCGCUCAGCGGGAGGAUGAACCCCGACCGGCGGGUGCAGAGCCCCCUGCCCCCCCCGCCGCUGUCCUCCCCCGACGCAGAGACGGAGAAACUCAUCAAGAAGAAAGACGACCAACUGAGGAGGAUGCAGCAGAUGCUUCAGAAGAUGCAGCAGCAGAUGCACGAGCAGGACCUGUGACCUCUGACCUCACAUCCCACAUGUGAACCAGAAUCUGAUCUCGUUCCCCCGAUUCUCAAACCUCCACCAAACUGCAUGCUGGGAAAUGCACCUGAUUUUAAUAGCUGACCUUUUUUAUUGCAGCCAGGUGAGUUUAGUUGGUCAUGAGUGGAGGUGUUUUUGUUGUGAAGCACCACAUGAGAUGAAUGAUCGUAUUGAUCAUUAUUAGUUGUUAUCGAACAAGAGGAUCCAAAUCCUCUUCUAGUCCUCCAUAAAGUGUUAAAGUUCACAAUCAGGAGGAGGAAACAAGUCCAUUUUUAUUUGUUUGAAUAUAAUAAUCAAUAUCAUUAGCUUUUACAACUUGGACCAGGUUCCCAAAAACGUAUUAGACAACAAUAAAAAUAUUCCAAGUGUUCAAGUGUCAAGUGUUACGAAAACAACUGUAACUGAGGCUUAUAAAA